UUAUGCAAUAUUUCAGAAAUACUGAUACCUGCGAGCCGGCCAGUCCUCGUCGGCCAGACAUGAAAAUAGGAAAAAUUGCUUACCAUAAGUGCGUGGACUACCAAGAACAGAUCAAGUUUCCGUGUGUAGGAUACACAUACUACGCACAAUUUAACGGUUCAACCCAGACUCGGUAUACCCGCCGCGAUGGCUGUUCCGACCCUCCUUCUCUUGUAAUCGGCUCGAGCGGAGUCGAUGCUAGCAGAGGACAAUUCCCCCACAUGGCUCUGCUCGGCUACGUCAAGGAUGGGAGCAAGGUGGAGUGGCUGUGUGGAGGGACCAUCAUUAGCGAGCAGUUCAUCUUGACUGCUGGCCACUGCACCUCGCACAAGCAGCUAGGUCCAGUAUCGCUGGCAAGACUGGGCAUCCUGAAGAGGUCAGACCCCGACAAGGUGGCGCGGGAUUACAAGAUCAAGAGGUUCCUUCUGCACCCGGAGUACAAGCCACCUGCAAAGUACAAUGACAUCGCUGUGCUAGAGACUGAGAAGAGGAUAGUGUUCCUGAACAAGCACAUAGUCCCGGCGUGCCUGGACGCGGGCGAUGCUGACGUCGAGAGCGACGCGGAGAUGGCGUCCGCUACCGGCUGGGGAGCGCUGGGCGACGGCGAGCCGAAUGCUGACGUGCUGCAAAGAAUGGAUAUCGUCAAGUUUUCGACGGAAGAAUGCUCGGCAUUGUACAAACCGUACCGUCUCCUGAAGACUGGGUUAGACAACUCCACGCAGAUCUGCUACGGCCACCGACAGAUACCUCGGGACACGUGUAAGGGGGACAGCGGGGGCCCCCUCCAAGUGGAGUAUAGAGAAGUAAACUGCAUGCACAAGGUGAUCGGAGUGACUUCUUUCGGCAGAGCGUGCGGGAAUACCGGCCAGCCUGGCGUGUACACGCGAGUCAGGCCCUAUGUCCCCUGGAUAGAGAGUGUAGUGUGGCCCGCCCAGGGGACUGAUAAAUGUGUUUGCUUCUAAAUAACCUGUAGGAACCUAUAAGUGGUUUACUUAUAGGUUCCUACAGGUUGUUGCCUAAUUUGUUAUUAUUAUACACUGCAGUUUCAGUAGUAUGUACCCACAUGUUUCCUGUUUUGUUGCAUGUAUCUAUUAAAUUGCUUAAACGAACUAAUUUUAUAUUGACAUCUGCUGUACCGCUUAUCAAGCAAAUAAAUGAAUUUUGAUUUUGAUUUGAUUUGCAAAACCCUGGUGUUCCUAAAUAAAUAAUUUCUACGACACUAGCUUCAGUGAUCUUACGUCCCUUGGAUAGUGUUGUGUGCCCGCUCAGGGGACUGAUGUGUUUUCUACUAAAUAGAUCAUUUAUACGUUACUAAGUUCGGCGAUCUUACGUCCCCUGGAUAGUGUUGUGUGGCCUGCCCAGGGGACUGACAAAAAUGUGUUUCCUACUAAAUAACAUUUCUAUAUCACUUAAAGCUGACCUUACAUCCACUGGAUUGUGUGUUGUGAGGCCCGCCCAGGGGACUUGAAAUAUGUUUUCUAUUAAAUAAAUAUAUUUUAAAUGAUAUUACGCUUGCUCUUAGCUCACCAAAUACGCUUGACAGGUGUAAGAUAGAUUAGUAACAUAACCUAGGAUUAAUUUCAAAUUAAAAUAGAUAAUGUACAAAA